AUGAGCUUCGAUCCGUCGAAGCUCGUCACAAUCAUUGUGGGCAAAGGUCCAAAACAACAGCGCUUCUCGGUCCAUGAGGGAAUCAUCUGCGCACGCUCCGAGUUCUUCAAACGUGCUAUGAACGGCAACUGGGUAGAGAGCGAAAAACGCAUCAUUGAGUUGCCGGAGGAUGACCCAAAGAUCUUCAAUAUCUAUAUCAACUUCCUCUACACAGGUCGCAUUGUCACCAACACUCUCGAGGAGCCGAUAGAUCGUCAGGAUAUCGGAAAGGAGAUGCGUGUGCUCGGCCGGCUUUACGUGCUCGGUGAGAAGCUCCAGGACAAGACUGCAAAGAACUCAGCCAUCCAAGGUCUGCUAGAGGUCGCUGAAGAAAAAGAUGCGGACGGGUUCCAGUUCCAACCAACGGUCGGAACCAUCAUCAUCAUAUACGAGGGCACAUGUGCGGGCAGUCUUGGCCGUCGCCUUAUAGUAGAUAUGUGGCUUAGGAUAUCGGCGGAAUUUUUAACCCAGGACACGCGUCUUUUACCCAAUGAGUUUCUCGCUGACCUCGCCAUCGCACUUCUGCGCUACCGUCCAGACAACAUGCCGAAGCAGGCUACGAUGGCAAACAUUAGCGACUACAUGGAGGAGAUGGAUUGA